GCUUGCGCGGGGCCCGCGAGCCCUCGGCGGGCUACGCUGCGCGCCACCGGCUCAGGGCCGGGAAUGCUGGGAACCGCUCGGUGAACCGUCACCGCCGCGGCCGUCGCCGCCGCCGCCACCCGCGGGGCGAGUCUCUGAGGCGCGGAGAUGAAAUUCCCGGCCUCGGUGUUAGCGUCCCUGUUCCUGUUCGUGGCCGAGACGAUAGCGGCGCUCUACCUGAGCAGCACCUACCGCUCCGAUGGGGACCGCAUGUGGCAGGCGCUGACGCUGCUCUUCUCCCUGAUGCCCUGUGCUCUGGUGCAGUUCACGCUCCUCUUCGUCCACCGCGACCUCAGCCGCGAUAGGCCACUGGUGCUGCUCAUGCACCUGCUCCAGCUCGGCCCCCUGUUCAGGUGUUUUGAAGUCGUUUGCCUCUACUGUCAGUCCAACCCGAAUGAAGAGCCUUAUGUGAGCAUCACUAAGAAACGACAGAUGCCAAAAGAUGGCCUCUCAGAGGAGGUUGAGAAGGAGGUGGGCCAGGCAGAAGGCAAGAUGUUUACCCACCGUUCUGCCUUCAGUCGGGCAUCAGUGAUCCAGGCUUUCCUAGGCUCUGCCCCACAACUGACCCUACAGCUGUAUAUUACCGUCUUGCAGCAGGCCAUCACUACUGAAAGAGGUAUCAUCAUGUCCUUGUCCCUGUUGUCCAUUGUAUAUGGAGCCUUACGUUGCAACAUCUUAGCCAUCAAAAUCAAGUAUGAUGAGUACGAGGUCAAAGUCAAACCCCUGGCCUAUGUCUGUAUCUUCUUUUGGAGAAGCUUUGAGAUUGCCACUCGGGUCAUUGUCCUGGUCCUCUUUACCUCUGUCCUGAAAAUCUGGGUGGUGGCAGUCAUACUUGUCAACUUCUUCAGUUUCUUCUUAUACCCUUGGAUCCUCUUCUGGUGCAGCGGCUCUCCGUUCCCCGAGAACAUUGAGAAGGCCCUGAGUAGAGUGGGUACCACCAUUGUACUGUGUUUCCUCACUUUACUCUACGCUGGUAUCAACAUGUUCUGCUGGUCAGCUGUACAGCUCAAGAUCGACAGUCCUGACCUCAUCAGCAAAUCCCAGAAUUGGUACCGACUGCUAAUUUACUACAUGAUGAGAUUCAUUGAGAAUUCUGUCCUCCUGCUCCUGUGGUAUUUUUUCAAAACUGACAUAUACAUGUAUGUUUGUGCACCUCUGUUGAUUCUGCAGCUACUCAUUGCAUACUGCACAGGCGUUCUGUUCAUGCUUGUAUUCUAUCAGUUUUUUCACCCUUGCAAAAAGCUCUUCUCUUCCAGUGUUUCUGAAAUCUUUAGGUCAUGUCUCAGGUGUGUCUGCUGGUCCUGUAUGAGGAGAAAAUCCUCUGAAUCAGUAGUAAAUGUAGACACAGACUUAAAGUCAUCCACAGAUCAAGAUCAAGGUCAAGAUGAAGAACGAGAUGAAGAUCAAGAUCAAGAUGUAACACCUUCUACCAGUAGACUAAGUCCUGAGACCACUAAGAUGUGGAGUGUUGUUGAUCUAUACUCUGCUUAAUGGAACCUGAGCUGUCUUACAAGAAAUGGAUAUUGUGUUCUGGAUUAAUAACUGUUCUUCAUACAAGUAAUGAGCCCUGCACAGGGGAUAAGGAAGGGAAUUAGCUGCCAAUUCCUUGUGAGCUACUGCCUUUUAUAGAGCUCUUUGAUUUGAGGUAGCUAUGGAAUGCACUGGGGAAGCCUACUACCCCACAGUUUGUUUCACAGUUGACUCUGUUACGUUCUUGCAGGUCUUAUUGGCCAUUUCAUUGACACAGUAUACCUGAAGUUUCAGUUGAGCUGAUCGUAUUCAUCGGAUAUAAUAAAGAGAAAAGCUUGUUUUCUA